AUGUCAAUCAAAGUCAAAAUUUCUAAAAGAGGACAACAAUAUGAAUUGUAAUAGAAAGAAAAUUACAACCCAUUUGGUAAUUUAUCACUUUGCCCUAAAUCAAUAAUUGCAUUGGCUUAAUCCUCUUAUGAUUCAUAACUUAUAGAAUUUACUCUUAAUUAACUUAAAACACCAUGUAACUUAAAACAUGAAACUCAUUUACUAAGAAUGAGAUAAAUAGCAGAUAAAUAGGAGACAUUUGUAUAUGGUUAAAUGAACAUCAAUAGUCAAAUUGAAACAUAAGUAUAAUACAGUGAUCAUUCAUUUUAUGAUUAAAUGGACACAAGUCACAGAAAGAAUAGUUUACAUUAUUUUGAUGAAUCUCAUCAACACUUUUGA